AUGGAUUACCUGGUCCGGUUCGCCCAGGCCCAUGAGACCUUCCGACGGCCAGAAAUCCAUGCCUGUGCCACACUUGCAGGCGUCGACCUCGAGGUUCUCAGCUACUAUGAAUUUUCACCAUACUGCGUCGUGAGACUGCCAAAUGAAGAAGCAGCGCGCGCUAUUGCCAAUCGCAGCAUCCUAAUCAGAGACGUCUUCGAACUCUGGGGACAAGGUGCCAACUAUGAGGAGUUACAUACAGACGUCCACCAACGAAGUCAGCACCGUUGGAAAGACUUCGAACACUCCGAAUUCGCGUUCAAAAUCGAAUAUUUCGGUGGAAAGCGCAACACAACCUCAAAGAGAGAUAUCUUGAAGUCAUUCUCAUACACGGGUUUUAAGGGCCCGGUCAAUCUAAAGAAUGCGGAUCAGCAGUUCUUCGUGAUGGAGGAGUACAUCGAUGAUGUUGAACAGAGUGUAUUGAAAGUUGCACCGACUGAACAGCCAAGAAAGAUCUUCCUUGGACGAAAAAUCUGUGACAGCUGUCGCGAUACUGUCCUCAAGUACGAUCUCAAAAAACGUGACUAUAUCAGCACAACCUCCAUGGAUGCGGAAUUGAGUCUGAUCACUGCCAACAUGGCCCUUGCCGCGCCUGGAAAAUUGUUCUUUGACCCAUUUGUCGGAACCGGAAGCUUCAUCGUUUGUGCUUCGCAUUUCGGGGCUUUGACGAUGGGCGCUGAUAUUGAUGGCCGCAGUUUCCGAGGCAAAGAGGCUGGGAAGCUGGGCGUGUUUGAGAACUACAAGCAAUACGGGAUGCCCAGCAAAUUCGUGGAUUGUCUCACUUCGGAUUUGGUAAAUACUCCACUCCGGCGACCUCAGUUCCUCGAUGGCAUUGUUUGUGACCCGCCAUAUGGUAUCCGGGAGGGCCUUCGAGUCUUGGGAAAUCGCAAUGGAAAGCCCGCAGUAAAUGUGAUUAUUGAUGGUGUCCCUGCUCAUCUUCGACCUGGGUUCGUCCCUCCCAAAAAGCCUUACGGGUUCGAAGCAUUGCAGAAAGAUAUUCUUAACUUCGCGGUUCGAAGCUUGGUGACAGGUGGCCGCCUUGCGAUGUGGAUGCCAACUACCAACGAGGAGGCUGUUGAAUUCCCUGUUCCUAUGCACGAGAACCUGGAGGUUGUUAGUGUUUCUGUUCAGCCGUUCAAUAACUGGUCUCGCCGACUUAUUACAUACCGCCGUCUACCCGAGGGAGAAGUGUCUGAUGUCACAUUGGGUCGCAGUAAGACUGAUGAUCAGGGGCACAGGGCGGAUGACCUGAAUAUGUUCCGACGAGUGUUUAUGAACAAAGGACACGUUCCCAGAGUCGAGAAAGACAACAAAACGACCCAAUAA